GCCUGCGAGCGGGACCCUCAGUGCGGCCCCGGGACCUGCUGCGCCGUCAGCCUCUGGCUGCGGGGGCUGCGGAUGUGCACCCCCCUGGGGCAGGAAGGGGACGAGUGCCACCCGUUCAGUCACAAUGUCCCCUUUUUCGGCAAGCGCCAGCACCACGCCUGCCCCUGUUUGCCCAAUUUCGUCUGCUCUCGGUUCCUCGCCGGCCGCUACCGCUGCUCCAUCAACUUCAAGAACGUGGAUUUUUAG